AUGUGCAUAAAUCAUUUGCAACAACACAUUACACCAUCCCGUCGACUAUGUCGUGAGGGACGAGUAAGUCUUGUCUGCUAUUUGGUCACAAUAUCGUUGAUUUUGUUGCCAUCCAUACCGCAAAUCUACUAUGGAGCAGUGCCAAAUGUUUGGGGUGCACGAAUGUGGGGACCGGCAUUAUAUUUUGCCCUGAUUUGUAUGGUAAUACGUUUUGUAUUAAGGGAUACCGAUUAUCAGGUUGGCAUACGUUCCGCUUUUUUAGGCUUUGUGGAAGCAAUUAGCAUAUUGACAUUAUGCUUCGCCCCCAAUGUUUGGAAACAAUUCGGCACGUAUGGCUUGUUUAUGGCAUUUUUUCAUUAUUCCGAAUUCCUGGCCAUUGCCUAUUGUAAUCCGAAAAGUUUAACGGUGGAUUCGUUUAUGUUAAAUCAUUCCUGGGCCUAUGGUAUGGCUGCCGCAGCCAGUUGGAUAGAAUUUGUUUUGGAAGUACAUUUCUUACCCAGUUUUAAGGAUAUUUACUAUUUGUGGGUGCUGGGUGUUUUGAUGUGUUUGUUUGGCGAAGUUGUACGGAAAACAGCGAUGGUUACGGCCAGUAGUAGUUUUACACAUUUGGUACAAUACGAAAAGGCAGAUGAUCAUAAACUAAUAACACAUGGCAUCUAUGCCUAUUCCCGUCACCCCUCCUAUGUUGGAUGGUUUUGGUGGUCAAUUGGUACACAAGUGAUUCUAAUGAAUCCCAUUUGUAUUGUUGCCUAUACGAUAAUAAGUUGGAAAUUCUUUCACGAUCGUAUUUAUUGUGAAGAAUUUUCAUUGUUGAAUUUCUUCCGUUCCGAUUAUAAGACGUAUCAACAAAAUGUUCCCACGGGCUUACCAUUCAUUAAGGGAUUUAUAUUGGAAUAAA